GGUUCAAGCGUGUUUGUGCACAAUCAGCUGCAGUUACCCCGCAUUCGUGUUCUUGUACAACACGUGAUUGCAGGUGUAAAACUAUGAGCAAGAAUGUCACAGCACCUGGACCUACAGCUCAGUCUGCUGUUCACAAUGACUCUGACCGUCUCGGCCUCUUUGCCAGCCCCACAACAGGUAAAAAUGAUUACACAGGAUGAAAACUACAUGCUUCAGUGGGACUGUAAUUACGGACAGCUGGAAAACCCAGUCUCCUUCACUGCUGAGCAUGUCUACUAUAGUGAUAGAAACAAUGAGGGAUUGUAUAAACGUGUGUGUGAAGGUUCCACUGAGUGUCGGUGUGAUUUCACACACUGUGGGCUGGAUUUUCACGGAUCAUUUCAGAUUAGAGUCCGAGCUGAGGCUGGGCUCCUACGUUCCGAGUGGGCGACGGUGAGGUUCACACCUGAUGAGGAAGUGAUAUUAAUGCCACCCCAAGUGAACGUGACAACAGACAAAGACGUGUUAACACUUACGAUAUCCAAGUUAGUCUUGAGCGACAAGAUGAAGCUGCAGUACAGGGUGCUGUACUGGGAGAAGCUUAAACCUGAAGAGAAACACAUGGAAGUUUAUGCCAGUCCACAUGUUCCACUGAGCUUACUGAAAUCCUGCACUGAAUAUUGUGUGCAAGUUAGCCUCUUAAGCCCCUAUGCCAAUAGCAGCAAUUACUCAUCUCUACAGUGUAAGAGAACGACAGGUUGCCCCUUCGCAUGGCUAGGGAUUCUCUUUGCCAUUCCUCUUUUUGGAGCUUUUGUAUGUCACAAAUGCAGAAGAACAUACCCGGUAUACACAACACCUGAGAGCAUGCUAGCAAUUCCAUCGACUCCGUCACUCCUAGAAGUGCAGGAAGAGCGUUGGACAGUAGCUCAUGUGAUCACACCUGCCAUAGAGCCCAAAAAUACGGUGGAUAAAGAACAGGAACAGGAAAACACAGCAGAACCUCAGAAUCCUGAGUCAAUAGGCCAGCGGAGUCAUGGCUCGGUGCAGGACUCUGGCUUCAGCUCUGGAUUAGGGAGCUGAUCAGUUACUAGAAGCUCUACCAAAAGUCUCCAGUUACAAACAGAAGACUUCUGAGAGUUUCAUGUACAAGGCCCUCCCGGUCCUGCAUAGUAUAUGUUUUGUUUUUCAGGGUACUUAAAAGAAUUUUGCUCUAUGCCCUCCUCUCAGCAAGGUCUUAGAAACAAAGUAUUGCACUAUAUGUUUACGGAAAUCUGGGAAGAGUGCAGGCUCACACAUGCUUCCCUCAUCUAUUUACAUGAGCUCACAGGGGAAUAUCUGGUCUCUCUUUGAUUGACAGAAGAGAGAUUAGAUUAGUUCAGGUUAGCCUCAGAUUCCUGUUCUUCAGGAGAGAAACCUGAUGUGCUCUUCUGCCGUUGUACUGUAGCUCAUCCACCUCAGGUUUUGAUGAUGAUGCUUGCCUAGAUGAUUUUCUGCUCACGGUUAUGAAUAUUAAUGAUAUGAGUUACAAAAUCCUUCAUGGUAAUUUGGAAUCUAGCCAUUUGUCUGAUCUUUCUCAUCAACAUGGUGUUUCCACACACAGAACAGUGUUUUUUUUGUUUUGCUCCAUUUAGUGUAAACUCAGUAGUUUCUGAAAUAUCAAAAAUGUACAGGAAUCUGACAUUUCCUUCAUUGUGGUGUACGAUGUAAGCAUUAACCCGAAGCUCUUGAGCUGCAUCCCCAUGGUAUUAUGCAUUGUGCUGCUGCUAAAUGAUUGACUGAUUAUAUAUAUAAUACUUGUAAAAACGUGUUCACAUAUUAUUGCUGUCUUUCCUACAAAUUUGUAAUUAUUAGUUCACAAUAACGAUAAAUAAAUAUAUGUAAUAAUAA